AUGUACGACUAUGUCCGACCACACUCCUCCACCAUCGAACGCAACGACACACUUAUGCCUCAUGUCAAUAUCGAUCCAGCUACACUUCGGAUUCUGCGCGCCCACGAAACUGGCAUCACACUAGCUCAUCUGGCCGGCUUGUCGAAUCCGAUGACAGUCCAAAGCCAAGUCCAAACGUGGCCCGUCACCUCAGGCAAGCGACGGAUCAAGGCACACUCCAAAUCCAAGCAGGGAUGCCGAAAUUGCAAACUCCGCAGUGUGAAGUGCGAUGAAACCAAACCGCAAUGCCGGAAGUGUGGUUCUUAUGGAGUGAUGUGUAAUUACGAUGGCACGAAUCUUGACCUGCAUCUCAAGGUGGAAGCAGCCGCCCUUUCUGGGGUCUUAAUCACGGAGACUGUCCUUCCUUCAUACUUGCCCUAUCGAAUCAGCGAGCAUGAACAGGUGCUGAGGAGAUUCCGCAACCGAACCUCUCUCACCGUUAGUGACGGCAAGCGCCUAAAGAUCUACCAGAAUGAGAUCAUCACCCUCGCACAUACGAGCUCUUAUCUCAUGCACACUUUACUAACACUGACUUUAAUGCACGAUCGAUUCCUAUCGCCCGUGUUCAGCGGUGGACCAUCUAGCAGGGAAACGUACCACUGUUACCAAGCUGCCGCGACCCUGCAGAAGCAACUCGCCCUCCCGAUGCAAGUGGCGGAACAGGCUGGGCUCUGGGUUGCCUCAGCCCUGCUUAGCAUCAUUGUCUUCGCACAAGUUGAUGGCGAAAGUGCCGAAGACGUGUGGCCACUGCGGCCAAAUUCGACUCCCACGAUCGACUGGAUUAAGAUAGGAAAAGGAAAACGCGAGAUCUUUAAUAUCACGAGUUUACUCCACGAUGACCCGUUCUUCAGUGCUUUGACUGUCAUUCUCCAUCCAGAGACAGAAUUCACGCUGCGCACUGGACCAAACUUCAAACAACUUCCUCUUCCCUUUAUCCGUUUGUACAACCUGUCAGAUACCGACACCGACGAGAUCAACCACUACCGCGACGCCAUCGUCCGUCUCGCAAGGGUUCUCGACCCGCUAUGCCAUCCUGUGCAGGUCAUCAUGGAGUUUUGGGGUUUCACUAACAUGACGGCAGAAUUCAAAGCUUUACUGGGCUGUAAGGAUCCACGCGCCCUCUUGAUAUUGGCGUACUGGUAUAUGAGAGCUAGUCAACUGGGGGUGUGGUGGCUGCGUCCACGGACUUAUCUGGAGGGCCGAGCGAUUUGCAUGUACUUGGACCGAUAUCACUCGGACGAUCUCGACAUUCGGAGCCUUUUGCAAUACCCAAAGGCGGCCUUUCGGCUUCUGAACACCUGA